CAGUAUACGAUUCUAAGUUGGUCGAUUCCAUCAGUCUUGACGACCUCCUAGCCACAGACCGACGUGCAUAUGACGAUGGUUUCGUUCAACGGGACAAAAUGUCUACUUGCGACAUUGUUACUGAGCAUCUCUUCACGUCCAGUUUAUACCCAAGCAGAAAGUACCAGUCAACCAGAAGUGACCAUUACUCAGGGUAACCUACGAGGCAAAAUAUUGACCACCCACAAUGGUCGUAAUAUAUCGGCUUUUUUGGGAAUCCCUUAUGCGCAACCCCCGACUGGAUCCCUCAGAUUCGCCGAUCCAGUGGCCGCGGAUGGUUGGAACGGGACGCGGAACGCUAUUGUAGAUCCAAGCAUGUGCCCACAAGUAUUAGCUGGUAUAAAGUUGGGGCAAGAGGACUGUUUGUACCUGAAUGUGUACACGCCAAAGCUUUUCGAAAAUACAAGCUCCACGGUACUUCCCGUGAUGGUGUUCAUUUACGGCGGAUCAUACCUCUCCGGAUCGUCACAGACCUAUGGCCCAGUAUACAUUGCGGACAAAGAUGUGAUUUUGGUUACUCUUAACUAUCGCUUGGGUCCAAUGGGGUUUUUGAGCACCGGUGAUGAGGUGGCGUCAGGAAAUUGGGGACUUAAGGAUCAGGUCCUUGCACUGAAAUGGGUUCGUAAUAACAUAGGAAAUUUCGGCGGUGAUCCCGAUCACGUAACAAUCUUCGGAGAAAGUGCAGGCGCUGCUUCCGUUCAUCUCCUAACGCUUUCAAAUUCGACAACUGGGCUCUUUCACAAAUUCAUAACGCAAAGCGGAUCCGCCUUAUCACCAUGGGCAUAUAUACCCAGAGCCGCUUAUGCGGAUCGCGCUUUCGAACUUGGCGGCUAUGUCGGAUGUUCAAAUGCCACGACGGAAUCCCUCGUCAACUGCCUGCGGGAAACCAACAUUUCGGACAUCUUAGGCGUGUAUUCUAAAUUUUACACCUGGCGAUCGCAGCCGUCAGUCGUCUGGGCUGCGACCGAUGAGCCAGACGUGGAAGGCGCGUUUCUUACAGACAGCCCUACAAAUUUGAUCAACGCCGGUAAGAUCCGCGAUAUACCGUGGAUGACUGGCAGUAACCGAGACGAAGGACUGUUCAUAACUACAGAACUCUACGAAAAUGAGACACUCUUGAAUGACUUCGUGGAGAACGUCGACUCCGUCUUGCCGGUUUUGUUAAGCCUGACGUAUCAGGAGGAUUCGGGAGCUGCUUGGGUUAAAUCCAUAAAGUCGUUCUACUUCAACGAUGAUUUCUCAACUAACAAAACCGAGAUACUCGACAAUCUUACGAGGCUCAUAAGUGACGCUCGCUACAUAUAUCCAAAUUACGCUGCGCUCCAACAGCAGCUUAAUCUAGCAGGAAAUCCGCAAUAUUUGUACACUUUCAAUUACUUGGGUUCCCUCAGUUUCACUUUCUUUUACGGUGGCUCUACGGUGGAAUAUGGUGUGGCACAUGGGGAUGAUCUCAUUUACCUAUUUCCACUCGAAUCGACGUUCCAAAUUUUUAAUAAAACCAUGAGCAGUGCUGAUUUGGAAAUGGUGGAAACGAUGGUAGAGCUGUGGACGUCCUUUGCAAUCAAUGGAACACCCGCUAUUUCCGGUGUCGAUGGAACUACGACAUGGACGCAGUACUCAACCGACGACAACUACCUUCAGAUCGGAGAUGGUUCGGAACUUGAAACUGAAGUGAAAAGUGGUUUUUUAAAAGAACGAAUGCAAUUCUGGGCUAAUCUAAACGCGAAUUCGAGCGCUGUAGCAAACUAAGGUUUUCGGCUUACGUUUGUAUUUCUCAUGUAAUGUAAGAACGUUUUACCAAUCUUUUUUGUCUGUGUUAUGUACGUAAAAUAAUCGGCAGUACAAAAGAACGCAUCGAAAUACAAAAAAGUGCACUUUUCUACGCUAAUACUAAAAAGUGUUCUUUUCAAUACUCUGCUAGAGUGAAAAAAAAAUUGUUAACCAUACUUUUGUUAUAUAAAGUAUCCUGUGUACCAAACUAAUUACGCUCGGCGUAUCUUACGUUAUUGAUGAACAAUCUAUUAUUAUCAAGCUGAGCCUGAAAUAAAAGGUGACCACAUUCGAA